GCCGCCGCUGCUCCGCUCCGCAGCGGCCGCCGGGGGCUGCGGGGGGCGCGGAAGGGGCUGCUGUCUUCCUGUUGGGCGCGGGGCGCCUCCAGCGGCGCGGCAAGGUUUCUACUCCAUUGUGGUUCUUUGGGUUUGUUUUUUGUCUUGAAAUGGUAGGGCUGGGAAACAGCUGCCGAGGGAUGAAGUCACCGCCUCUUCUCGUGGCUGCACUUGUGGCAUGCAUCGUUGUUUUGGGUUUCAAUUACUGGAUUGCAAGUUCUCGCAGCAUGGAUCUGCAGGUUCGAAUCAUGGAUCUGGAAGGCAAAGUCCGCAGGGCAGCAGCAGAGAGAGGUGCUGUGGAGCUCAAGAAGAAUGAAUUCCAAGGGGAGUUAGAGAAGCAGCGGCAGCAGAUUGACAAAAUCCAGUCCUUGCACAGCUUUCAGAUGGAAAAUGCCAACAGAGUACACCAGGAGGAGAAGGCAGUGCUGAUGAGUAACAUCACAGUAAAUGAAAGACUGAUCCAGGGUCUACGAGAACACUUGAAAGAGUUGCAGACAGAAUACGGAAAACUACAGCUAGAUGUUCACUGGUUUCAGAAGAACCAGACUAACCUUCAGAAGAAGUUCUCUUAUGACCUGUCACAGUGCAUCAACCAGAUGAAGGAACUAAAGGAACAAUGUGAAGAAAGGAUAGAUGAACUUAGAAAAAAGGGGAGUGAUGUGCCACAAACCAGAGAAAUCCAAAGCUUCUCAGAAGAUUCAAAAAAAAAUAGCCAGGUCACUACUCAACAGCCAGCUGUGAUGCAAAUUGAAUUCAAGCAGGCUGACUUGGAACAGCAGAAACUGAGUGAAGAUGUGCCUAAGGCAGUACCUGCAGUAAAAAAGACAGACCCUCUGGAGGCUGAAGAAAGAAUUAACAGCCUAGCUGAUACCAGAAAACAGGAGCUUAAGGCAGAAAAGGAGAAGCUUUCUAGUCAACUGAAAAACUCACAGGAUUUGCUCAAGCCUGCUGCAGUUCAUAAGGAGAUGCUGCCUGACUCCGAAAAGGAGUUGAAUCCAUCUGAAGAUGAAAAACAUGUAGCUGGGCAAGAUGCAUUACAGGUGGCAGAAGGGCAGGCUGCCAGUGAGGAAAUUGAGAGGGAGGACCUCCUAAAUGAUGAUGCUAAGCAGGAUGACUUGCCCCCUGGAAAUGCUGACAAACAUGAAAAUGAAGCACUGAAGGAGGACAAGGAUAUUGAUUACAAUUUAGAUGAGAACGAAGCUGAAUCAGAAAUGGACAAGCAAGCAGCACUUGCAGGGACUGAAAAUGUACCCAAAGUUGACUGAGCUUCUUGCUAGCCAGAUGGAUGCCAACCUCUCCACAAACAAGACCACCUUUACACAAAGCAGUUUCUAUACCUCUGACAGCAGAUGGUCUGCAAACCUGCAGAGCAAUGUUCAAAAGCACACAGGAAUACUAAUGUUAUUCUCAAUGACUUCAUGUGCCAUGGGAAUGUAAUUAUAGUGGUAGACUUUUACUAGACUAGGGGCCUGUAGCUCUACUACAUAGAACUUUAACUGAAGAAGAGGUUUAUUUGGAACUGUGGUUUACAUAGUGUUUGCCUCAUUAAAAUUUUUUGUUGUGUGAGGUAGGGAAAACUUCAUUGCUGUAACCAUCUCAGGGUUAAAUUAUUAUUUGUCCAUGAUGUGUUUCUUUUUUAAAGAAACUAACCCUGGUCGAUUUUAGUCAGUAAUUUCAGAAUAAAAAUAACCUUCUCUGCUGUGUAUUCACUGUAUUCUGUAGAGUUUUUCUACGUCUAACAUUUUUGAAGAUGGGAAAGACGAUCAUCCCUGUUUUCUUAGUUUUAAAAUGAUGCGGAACUUGGCUUCUCUUUUACUUGCUGCUUCCCUUGGACAAAUAUGAAAGAUGGUUCUUGAGCUGCUGUUAAGUAGUUCGAAAGAUGUUUGUGAUUGUUUACAAGAAGACAGCAAAAGCCAGAUGGAUUCUUGCUGCCCUACACUGGAACAAACCUUCUGUCUUUACCAUUACAUUGUCCAGGAUUUUCAUUGCUUUGGCAAUGAUACAGAAGCAUUCAAGUACAUUGAUGAUAAGCAAACCUAUAAAACAGUAGCCAACCUCCUUAACAGAGCAAAUGGGAAACCCAUGUAUUAAGGGCAGUACUCCUGCUUAUCUCAGGAAGCUGCAAAUUGAUGGCAGACUAGUGGGUGUUCUGCUUCAGAACAGCUUCACUCUUUUCCAGCUCUAGCUCAGCAGUGCUAUAGCUUAGGUGAUAAAGCCAAAGUGGUACUACUGCACAGUACAACUGUUAUGUUUGGAGAAACACAAAUAUCUUGCAUCAUCAAAAAGUUACAAACUCAUCACUAUGAAGGAAUCCAUUCUGCACCAACAUGAAUUGUCCUGCCCAGCACAGUCAAACCUGGAGGAUUUGCAUUUAUGGGCCAGGUAAGGCAUAG